GAGGCCUCGCGUGUGUGACGUAUAAUUCCGUCGCCGGGCUGCGAAGACUUUCGGGUCAGCUCGGAGGGUUUGUGCAGCAGGUUAUCAUGGCCCUGAGGACAGUUCGGCUGCUUAUCCCGGCGAGAGCAGCUGCUUUCAGGGUAGUGACCGCGGCGCAGAAGGCCAGCGUUCAUACAAGCUCGGUGAGAAGCCUGCGAUAUGGCUGGUGGGCCUACGCUCUGGGGGAGAGGACCACGCCACGCUUAAAGCAGUACAGCAAAGUCAUCUCUGUGGAUGGCAACCUGGCCUCGGGGAAAGGAGCGCUGGCCCAGAAACUGGCCGACAAACUGGGGAUGCUGUACAUGCCUGAGCCUGACACUUUCUACCUGGACAAGAUGACCGGGGAGAAGGAGCCACUCCCCGUCGACUUUAAUGGGAUGUGCAGCCUGGAGAAGUUCUACACAGACCCCAAAGCUGCAGAUGGAAACAGCUACAGGCUGCAGCUGUGGAUGUACAACAUGAGGCUGCUCCAGUACUCUGAUGCCAUCGAACACCUGCUCACCACAGGUCAGGGAGUGGUCCUGGAGCGCUCCCCCUUCAGUGAUGUGGUCUUCCUGGAGGCCAUGUUCAAACAGGGCUACAUUAGGAAGGAGUGUGUGCAGCACUACAACGAGAUCAAAGACAUUAGCAUCUGUGAGUUCCUGCCUCCACACCUCGUCAUCUAUGUGGACCUGCCAGCUGAGGAGGUGCAGAAGAAGCUGAAGCAGAGCGCCAAGUCCUACCUUCAAAAUGUGCCUCUGCCAUAUCUGAAGAGCAUCGAGGAGGGCUACAAGAAGACGUUUCUCCCCAAAAUCAGUGAGACGUCAGAGCUGCUGGCUUAUGAUGCAACCCAGGCUCAAGAUGUUGAAAGGGUGGCAGAAGACAUUGAAUAUUUGAAGUUUGAAAAGGGGCCGUGGGUGGAGCAGGAUGAUGUCAGCUACCACCACAUGAGGAUGCUUGUGGAAGAUAAACAGAGGGUGGCAACCCUGACCCACAUACCCAGGUUCCUGCCAGAGAUAACCAUCGGAGCACACGACUACGAUCAAAAAUACUACGCCUAUAAGUCGAUCCCUGGGAAGAAGUACGCCCGUGGAUAUAACGCUGAUGUUGGAGAUAAAUACAUCUGGCUGAAGUGAACUUUCCACUCUCAUCGUCGAAUCAGCCCACUGAACUCACUGUCUUCUAAUGUACAUCCCAAAAUAUGUAUGUAUUAAAAUAGAUUCUGACUGAG